AUAAACACGGUUACUAGAAAUAACACUACAAUUAGUACUUCCAUCAAAUUUUUACUUUUCAUUUAUAGAUCCAGAUAUUUCGAGGUAGUACCCGUCUCUUCAUAAUAACAGAAUUUUAUCUGAACAAAGCUAUAAUGGAAGAAAAAAAUGAAAUACCAACUUUAAAAGAAUCCGAAGACACAUCGCAGUCGAUAAUUUAUUCUAAACGUAAAAAAAGGGUUGUGUUUGAUAGUGAUGAAUCUGACCAUGAAGGAAAAGCUUCAGAGGCAACUGAAACUACUACUGACAAAGAAACGACGAACAAUUCAGAAAAUGUUACGCUCCUAGAAUCCCCUGAGACUGAAGACCAGUUAAUAAACAAGUCUAAACCAACAAGUUUAGCAAUUGUAGACGGGGAUGAUUCUGACACAGAUCAAAAAAAUUGUGAGACUGAUGAGAACUUUUUAAAAGGAAUUAAUACUUUUGAUGGAAGGGCAAGUAAUAAGUUAUGUGAAUUAAGGAUUGUUAAUAAAGAAAUUGAAGCAGAUAAGAAAAAUAUGGAAAAUCGAUCGGUUCUAAAUACUAAUAUGAUUUACAUUACAAAUAGCAAGGGGCAGUUAAUUCCUGAAGACACUUCUUUGUUUGAAGAGACUAAGAACAAAUUAAAUGCUCUGUGUGACUCAGAUACUUCAGAAGAUGAUAAUAAUGAAGACCCUGUAAUAGAGAUGGUUACUGAAUUAAAGAAUAUUAAAAGUACUUCAAAAGCCGGUAAUAAAAGAAGAGAAUCAAGAAAUCCUAAAAAGAAAACCAAAAAAAUGACUGGUAAAGAAGCAUUAGAACAACGCAAGGAAAUUUUCAACGAGUCCCAAAAAAGACUACGAAACUUAAAUGUGGCUAUUCCAUACCAUAAACCAAAAUCUCGAUCACUUAAAGAAUUUUUAAGUAGCAAACCUAAAAUAUCAUCUACUGUGCCAAGUAUUAAUACACCUCCUUCUGUUGCUAUUAAGUUAGCUUCCCAACAACUUAAUAUAAUCACGGAAAAAAUUAAGGAGCAUGAGAAGGUGGUGCAAGUAUUUUAUAAGUCUGACAGUGAACCUGAAGAUGAUUGUGGGGAACAGGAGGAUAAAGCUGUUUUAAAUAGCAAUGAUAAAGAAAAUGAAAAUGAGAAUAAAAAUGGACAAGAGGCAAAAUUACCACCAAAACAAAUCAAUGAUAAUGAGGAAGAAAACAGAAUUAUGAAAACUGAAACAAUUAUGGAAACUGCUGAAUGUUUGAACAAUAAAAAAGGAACUGAAGGCUUUUUAAUGCUUAUAGAUGGAGAACAGAAACAAGUAGAUUCUGUUAAUGAAGACAAAAGCAGGCAAGAUCGGUAUCAAGUACCAGAUGUAAUAGAAAACCAAAAUUUAAAAGAAUAUGAAAGUAAUUCUCAAAGAAUGAAUGACGACAGAAAUAUUUCAGAAGAGCAGCUAAAUUCAUUAAUCAGUGAAGAGCCAUUAGACAUUGUAGCAGAUGAUGAAGUUUUAGAAAUAGAAAAGACACAAGAAACUUUACAGACAAAACCAGAAACAAACUUAUAUAAGGUAAAUGACCAGACGAUAGUGAAAGCUCAAAAAAAUGAUAAUUAUAAUAAUAUAAUUGAGAGUUCUACAAUUGAAAAAAAUAAGGAUCUCGAAGUGGAUACGUUUGAGUAUGAUUUCAAUUUAGAUGAAGUCGAAGUGGACAACAUAGAAGAAAAUGUUUUGAGUACUACAAAAGCUGAAGAAGUUGCAGUGAACUCAGUGUUUGAUGAAAAAGAAGAGAGGAUAUUAAACAACAUCAUACAAAAUUUUACUAAUGUUGACCAACCAAAAGACACCACAAAUAAACCUACAAAGUUACAGCUUUUAAAAGAAAAGCUUAACCUUUUCAAGCAACCAAAAUUAAAUGGAAAUCCUGACGAGAUUAUAAUUUUUGGUGAUGAUAAACCAUCAGCUAAUGGGAUAAGUAAACUAAAAGGGCGUUUCUUGAGCCAUGCAUUAUCAAAAAAGUCACACAAAAAUGAAGUGCAUACAGAAGUUGUCAGUUUUGAUGAUGGGGAAUUACGAAAAGAAACUGUAGUGAUGACUGUAGAUGUUGAAGAUGAGCCUGUUACCAUAGCAGAGAAACCAGGGGCAAAACUUCAAAAAUUAAGGGAUGAAUUACAAAGUAAAAUCAUGAAGAAUAAAUAUGAAAAAUGGCAAACAAAAUCUACACCGUUGUCUUCAAAAGAAAAUUUAUCAAAAGAAGAAAAGAUAUGCGAUAGUUAUUUAGAUGAUGAAGAAGAGGAGGCAUUGUUAUCAGAUUCUGAUCUAUCAGAUGACGAAGAAGAAGAGGAAGAAGAUGAAUAUACAGUAGUUCAAAAGAAGACAAAGAAAUGCGACUUCAUUGAUGAAGAGGCUGAGGAAAGUGAUGACGCAGAAUUGGAAGAAGAGGAGGCGAAUAUAGAUAAAAAUAAAAAUAAAAAACAACCAGAAGAUUGUUUUGAAAAUACUGAAAAGGAUGGUAUUCAAAAGGAAUUAUCAAAUUCACCAAAAAAACUUAGAAGAAUAGUGAAAAGGUUUGAAGACGACGACUCAGAGGAGGAAGAAAAAGAACAAACUGAAGAUAACCAAAAUAAAUCUAAUGGUAAAAAGUCAAGUGGCUUUAACGCAGAGUUGGAUUCUACCCAGUCUUAUGACGAAGAUGAUGUUUUACCAGCAUAUCAACUCAGAGCAUCAGAGUCUCCUAUUCGGCAACCUGCCGAAUACAAAGACAAUUUUGAUUUUCUAACACCUGUGACGUUUUUGACAGGAUUACAAAGCUAUUCAGCAUCAAAAUUUCUUAGAGAGUCCCCCAAGGACACUUCCUUUCCCUUGUUGAACUCUUCGCAGUCAAAAGAUAUUGACAAUAAUACUAACCAAGAAGAUGAAGAUGAUGAUGAGAACACUUCGCAACAACCUGGUGGACCUCAAAGGAAACUAGUGUUCGAUUCAGUAGACCCUAUCACGAAUUCUGAAACAAUUUCAAGUCAGUCUGAUAUGGAGAAUAUUGCUUUACUAUGUUCUGGCACAUUUUCAACCCAGCCGGAGAAAGACACAGUAGAUAAUUUACAAGAAAUGUCCAACGUAGAUCAGUCACAAGCUAUUAAACAUGGGGAUAAAGAAGUCUCAAAAAGCUCGGAAUCUACCAGCAACAGAAUUGUUGAAAAAGUAUUUCUUGACAAAAUUGACAAGGAAGUAAAAAAUUUGAACAACAGUGAAUAUGAAAAUAUAUUUAUUUCUCAACUGCUUGAUGAAGAAGAAAUGAAUAAUUUUAAAAAGAAAUUUGAAUCUCCAGUAAAUGAUAAAGAGCUUGAUUUAGAUACGAAAUUAGCUUUAAAUGAAGAUUGCGAAGUGAAGAUUAAAGGAGGGCGAUUAAUAUUAGAUUCCUCAGAUGAAGAAACGCUCGAAGAUUGUGAGGGAAAUUUCAAAAAUUUGAAGAAAAAGAAUAGCAUGAAGAAGAUUACUUUUUCAGAUGAUGAAAGUGAUUCUGAUGAAGAAAAUAAUGAGAACCAAGAAGAAAUAGAUUUGCACGAUGAUGUGAUUGAAAAUGAGGAAGAAGAAAAUUUAAAUACUAGUAAGAAAAAUGUGAAUUAUGACUCUGAAGAAAAUGAAAUUGAAGAUAACGAAAAUGAAGAUGAUAGUGAUGACAAAGAAGAUAUAGUUCCUUUGAAACCAUCAGACUUCUUUGAGAAUGAAGCAGAACUGUCGGAAUCCGAAUGGGGUAGUGAAGACGAAGUAGAAAAUGAAGAAUUAGAUAAAUUAGAAAUUGAAGAAGGUGAUAAAGAGAAAUUUGAUGAAGUGGAGGUGCGCAGAAAUUUAGAGAAGAUACACAUGCGUCAGGUGUUGGAUGACGACAAUCGUGAGAUUAGAAUUUUACAAGAACUUCUUUUGGAAGAUGGUGAGCUUCAUGGAAGUGGAAGAAAAAGACAAUUUCGUUGGAAAGAUAUUGAUUUCCUGUUUGGUAACGAAAGCACCGGCAAAGAGAAUGAUGAAGACAACGUUAGCAAUCAAGACAAAACAGAGAGCGAGGAGAGAUGGAGAAAAAUGAGAUAUUAUCGUGAAUUGUUUUUAAAAGAAAAGAUGAAAAAAGAUAAUGUUAUCAAAGAAAGUGAAAUAACGUUUUUAAGUAGCAGCCAUCAGAUAAUGGAGUUAGGUCAGAAAGCUUUACAAAGAAGCUCAUCAGCCUUACAAAAUAAUGCACAAGCAACGGAUUUAAAAACACCAAAACAGAACAAUAGCAGCUAUGAUGAGCCANGCUCUACCAAAGCAGCCGCUAGGGAAACUCCCGCGCCACAUAUCGCGGCUGCCUCAAGGUUCCAAAGAGAACCGUACCCCCAAAAAUCAUUAUCACCUCCCAACACUCCGAUUGUUCAAAAGACCGGGCAAUCAGCGCCCCGUCCAACAGCACUUCCCGCAAGGACCCCCCCCCAAAAGUCCUACCCCAAGACAGUGACAGCAGCUUCCACCCCCUCUCUCUCUCAAAAGUGCAAUGAGACCCCAAAAGCCUCUGCAACUUCUACUCUAGAACAGAGAAUCCUGCCAAAGAAUAGCAUCCACCCAACCAAGCUUCGUAUAGUUACCUGCAAUGCCCAAAGCAUUAGAGGUAAACUGACUAAGCUGGAACACUUCCUCGAGGAAAAGUCAAUUCGUGUUGCUUGCAUCACCGAAAGUCACUUGUUCCACAAAGUCACACUUUUCGUCCCAAACAUCUCAUUCUACAGAAGGGACCGUGAAAACGUAGGUGCCGGCAGCGAAGCCAUCCUUGUUAGGAAAUUUUAA